ACGAACAGAGAGGAGAAGAAGAAGAAGAGGGCCAAAAUAAAAAUAAAAAAUUUCUCAAACUCAGAAGAAAAUCCAGAUCUAACCCUAAGCCUCCCCCCCCCCACCCCUCUCUCUCUCUCUCUCUCUCUCUCUCUCCCUCUCUCCUUCCUCAGCGACAAUGGCGACGGCUCCAUCACCCCGAGAGGAGAACGUCUACAUGGCCAAGCUGGCCGAGCAGGCAGAGCGCUACGAGGAGAUGGUGGAGUUCAUGGAGAAGGUCUCCGCCGCCGCCGACUCGGAGGAGCUCACCGUCGAGGAGCGCAACCUCCUCUCCGUCGCCUACAAGAACGUAAUCGGCGCCCGCCGCGCCUCCUGGCGCAUCAUCUCCUCCAUCGAGCAGAAGGAGGAGAGCCGCGGCAACGAGGACCACGUCGCCUCGAUCCGCGACUACCGAACCAAGAUCGAGUCCGAGCUCUCCGACAUCUGCGCCGGGAUCCUCAAGCUUCUCGACACCCGCCUCAUCCCCUCCGCCGCCUCCGGCGACUCCAAGGUCUUCUACCUUAAGAUGAAGGGGGAUUACCACAGGUACUUGGCCGAGUUUAAGACGGGCGGCGAGCGCAAGGAGGCCGCUGAGAGCACCCUGACUGCCUAUAAAUCCGCUCAGGAUAUUGCCAAUGCGGAAUUGGCCCCAACUCAUCCCAUCCGUCUCGGACUGGCCCUCAACUUCUCUGUGUUCUACUAUGAGAUUCUCAACUCUCCUGACCGUGCCUGCAAUCUUGCAAAGCAGGCAUUCGAUGAGGCAAUUGCUGAGUUGGAUACCCUAGGAGAGGAGUCUUACAAGGACAGCACUUUGAUCAUGCAACUUCUUCGUGACAAUCUCACUCUGUGGACAUCCGACAUGCAGGAUGACGGAGCCGACGAGAUUAAAGAGGCAGCCAAGCCUGACAAACAGCUGUGAGUUUCGGGUGCCAUCCUCUUCUAAGAAAUGUUCUCCAUAUGACUUUACCAGGAGAAGGUGCUUGAUACCGAUUCCUCUUCAAUCCCAAAUCUUAAGGCGCUACAUUGUCUGUUGUUCUGAUUGUUACUCUUUUAGCUUGUCCUUUGGUUCUAUGCUCUUAUAAAUUGCCCUUAUGUUUCUUGGAAAUGUCGGAGGUUCAUGUUCGUGUUGAGCCGGGCAGUUUUUUUUUUCUUUUAAAUAUUUAAAUAACUCUAAUUUGCAGCAAUGUACUGUAUUUUUCUCUUCCCCUAGAGUAUCAAUGGAUUUGCAUUGACAUCGCUUUCUUUGUCUGCUGGUGAUAAGUGACACUCUCUUUGGUGUUACACUGCAUAUGAUGAAUA